AUGAAGUGGGUUCUCAAUCAUAUAAACCCAGUUGAAGUAAAUCAGGACCCCACUUUUGAAGAUACGAGUCAUGUCAUUCACAUAGAUGAGAAAUGGUUCUACUUGAACCAUGACAAAAGGAGAUUUUAUCUCCUUCCAAGUGAAGAAGAUCCAUACAUGGCACAUCAGUCAAGAAGAUUUAAGUUAAAGGCUAUGUUCAUGGCAAUUAUUGGAAAGACAUUAUAUGGAAACAAUGGGGAACUACUACAUGAAGGAAAGUAUAGUAUUUUCCCAUUCACACUCAAAGAAAAAGUAAAGAAGUCAAGCAAGAACAGAGCAUCAGGGACAAUGGUGACAAAGGCACUCCAGAAUGUCAACAGAGAGGUUAUUAGAGAUAUGUUGCUCAACAAAGUCAUACCAGUAAUUAUGGAUAAAUGGCCUGAAAUUCUGCCUAACAAUAUUGUCAUCCAAUGGGACAAUGCAAGGCCACAUCAAAUACCAACAGAUGAAGAGUUUAGUGCAGCAACAUCAGCCAAUGGGUUUAACAUUCAAUUUGUGUUUCAACCAGCUCAAUCUCCUUAUUUAAAUGUGUUGGAUUUAGGUUUAUUCAGGUCUAUCCAGUCCCUACAAUAUCAAUCUUUUCCAAAAAAUCUUGAUGAGCUAGUUAAGAAAGUGAUUGAAUCUUACAACACAUUCAAACCAGAAGUGAAAAAUUACAUAUGGGUGACUAUACAAAGAUGUAUGAUCAAAAUACUCAAGGCACAAGGUGGGAAUAAGUACAAAAUUCCACAUAUGAACAAGAAAAAACUUGAAAAUCUAGGCAUUCUUCCAGAUCAAGUGCAUAUUCAGAAGGACAUAGUGCUAAAGGCUGUAGAGUGCUUGAACACAAUGUUCAGGCCAGCACCAGAAGGGAAUGAAGAUGCAGCAGAGGACAUGGAGGUGGAUGUAGACUAG